UGGCGGGUAUCAGAAUCUAUAUCUUCCUCUCUCGGUUUUUCCCAGGUUUAUGCGAGCGCACAUAUCCAUCUCUGUAUCUUGAUCGAAGCUUUCGAUUUCAUACUUAGAAAUCUCUGAACCUUACCGUACUUUCGCAUCCAAGUUGUUCGUUUUCUUGCUUUUGGCUGGGAAAUUAAAAUCAUGUCGAGCUCACAGGCGUUUUCUGAAUUUUCCGGGAAGAGGCCGGAGAAAGCAAGCUUCUCUCUUAAGUGUAGCCUACUGAGUCAGUACCUGAAGGAGAAGGGCUCCUUUGGCGAUCUCAACCUCGGGAUGUCAUGCAACGUCGAAGGAAACGGAACAGUUGAGACCUACCGUCAGACAGCACCAACAAUGAAUUUAUUCCCCAUCGCUGAGAAAUUGAGUGAUUUUUCUUCCCGAAACGUGGUCGCCACUCGGAACCUUGAACCCAUGGAUUUGUUCCCUCAGCCACCUGGGUUUGCUGCCUCCUUACCUAAGCAAGUGGUCCCAGAGAUUGCUACCGACUCUAGCAGAGUGGACAAGUCUGCCACAGCAGAGCCUGAAAGAGCCCAAAUGACAAUUUUCUAUGCCGGGAAAGUAAUCGUGUUCAACGAAUUUCCGGCCGAGAAGGCCAAGGAAGUCAUGCUCUUAGCAAGCCAGGGAAGCUCCCAGAGCAAUCCCAACAACCAGAAUGCAUUUGCUGCUUCUAAGCUGGCCAGGAUUGAUUCCAGCAGUUCAAUUGGUACUAGCACUAGUGUUGUUCCUCCUAGUUUGGGCAACAAAGCGAUUCAUGAACACAUUCAACCGCCCCCUCAACCCCUUGCUAAUGAUUUACCAAUUGCAAGGAGAGCUUCACUCCACCGGUUCCUGGAGAAGAGGAAAGAUAGGGUCACAGCAAGAGCACCGUACCAAUACCAAACAAACAACUCAGCAGCAGCCGCUCCCACCAAGCCAGUUGAAAGCAAGUCAUGGCUCGGCCUGGCUGCGCAAUCACGAAAUUAGUUCUAAUCAUAUAUUCAUACAACCCACCAAAAUUAAACAAAAGGAUGAAAAGCUCGAUUAUAUUUGAUUUAUUCAGCAUCCUUUGGCUGUGUUUCCCUCUUCAGUUUCGGCUCGGGCAAAGCCAGCCUGCCUUAGGCCUAACUUUCAAUGAUGAAUCAUAGUUGCUGUAAUUAUGUUUUGAUGUGAGCAUCUUUGUAACUGAUAAAUUUUGAAUGAGUGAAACUAAUUUACAUUUUAA